AGACUCGUCACUACCAGACAUCGCCUUCAAGAAUUGAUCAACACUUUCUUAUUCUCUCUCUCUCUACACUACAUACAAAUGGCCACCACUCUCCCGGUCCAGCACAGCCGCGCCAUUCUCGGCCGUGACCCUCUCGGUCCAGCCCGGUCACGCCGGUCUGAGACUCCUCAGAUUGGGAAGCUGUCUGUCAAGAACGACCGGUGGUGGUUUGGGGUGGCCUCCGCCCCUUCCCGCCGCGCAUUAUCGACGGUCCUUCUCGCCGGUCCUAGAGCCGACGACUCGGCCCGGUUCGAGAUGUCCGUAGAGAACGCUUUGAAGGUUCUCGGUGUCUCAGAGGGAGCCUCGUUUGAUGAUAUACUUCGAGCAAAGAAUUCGAUUCUUGCCGCUUGCAAGGACGACCAAGAGGCAAUUGCACAGGUAGAGGCUGCAUAUGAUAUGUUGCUUAUGCAAAGCUUGUCACAGCGCCGAGCUGGAAAGGUUGUAAGCAGUAGCAUUCGUUAUGCUGAUGUUAAACCUGUAAAUGCUCCCGGGAUGGGAUCAAUGCCACAGUGGCUGCAGGCCACAGUUAAGAAUCCACUCAUUUCGAUUGAAACACCAUCUAGUGGUGAUUUGGGAAUACAAGUAGGUGUAUAUGGAGCUUUGAUGGCUUUAAGCUACGUCAAUGGAGCCUCUACAUUUUCCACAGCUCUGUAUGCUUCAGCUGAUGUUCCUGGGCUGAUAUUGGCCACUAGUUUUGGAGCAUCUUUAUACUUCAUGACCAGACAGAAUGUCAAGUUAGUGAAGGCAACUGUAAUUUCCAUAGGGGGCCUUGUCACUGGUGCGGUAGUGGGAUCAGUGGUUGAGAACUGGCUGCAGGUAGAUAUUGUUCCGUUUCUUGGCAUACACUCCCCUGCUGUUGUAGUUAGUGAAUUUAUACUCUUCUCUCAAUGUUUGGUUUCCCUCUACCUAAGAUAGGGUAAGAGAAUUGUGAUCAUGACUAAAUCACUAGACCUGUAAUUAUUCAUUUGCAUGAUCAUAAAUUUACUUCUUUAGGAUGUGUAUGAUAUUGUACAUAUGUAAUGUUCUAGAACUCAAAACAUUUAAAAACUUGCCGCUUUUUGUGUUAA